GGGGGAGAGUAUUAAAAUACCUGACUGACGAACUCGUCUCUGCUUUCUUUCGAGUUUCAGUUCUCACCCGUUGAGCAUCACGUUUCUAGAGUUUCUAGAGUUUCCAUUGUCACUUGAACGAGACCGUCCUCUGUAUUUGACCGACAAGCCUACCUUCAAGACUGCCGACCACGUAGAGUAGAGGCCGACCUCAAUUGAACAGAGACAACCAGUCGCAGACCCAGUUCCACCAUGGGUUCCGUCGCGAAAUCCGACUACACCACCUCCUACGCCUUCUUCGAGGCCAUCUGGGAGGCUGGCAUCACCCAUGUCUUUGUCAAUCUGGGCUCGGACCACCCGUCCAUCAUCGAGGCCAUCACCAAAGGCCAGAAGGAGAAGCAGGCAGACUUCCCCCGAAUCAUCACCUGCCCCAAUGAGAUGGUUGCGCUGUCCAUGGCCGACGGCAUGGCGAGGUUGACCAACAAACCCCAAUGCGUCAUUGUCCACGUCGACGUCGGGACCCAAGGCCUGGCCGCCGCCGUCCACAACGCCUCCUGCGGCCGUGCCCCGGUCCUCAUCUUCGCCGGCCUCUCCCCCUACACGAUCGAAGGCGAGUACCGCGGUUCGAGGACGGAGUACAUACACUGGAUACAAGAUGUGCCGGACCAGAAACAGAUCGUGGCGCAAUACUGCAGAUACACCGCCGAGAUUAAAGGCGGCAGGAACGUCAAGCAAAUCGUCAAUCGAGCGCUACAGUUCGCGACCAGCGACCCCCAGGGUCCUGUCUAUCUCUAUGGAGCUCGCGAGCCGAUGGAAGAGGACAUCGAGCCGUACCAUCUCGACCAGCAGGUCUGGAAACCCGUGGGACCUGCGGCCCUGCCACAAGAGGCCGUCGCGCUCGUCGCGCAGGAACUGGUCAAGGCCCGCGAACCUCUGCUGGUGGUGGGCUACACCGGCCGCAAUCCAGCCUCGGUGGCAGCCGCCGUGUCUUUGGCGGACAAGAUCCCCGGUCUUCGCGUCCUGGACACGGGAGGCUCCGACAUGUGUUUCCCAACGGACCACCCGGCGGCGCUGGGCUUACGGUAUGGAGCGGACCCGGCCAUCACGACGGCGGAUUUCAUCCUGGUGGUGGACUGCGACGUGCCGUGGAUUCCGACGCAGUGCAGGCCGAGGCCGGACGCCAGGAUCGUCCACAUUGACGUCGACGUGCUGAAGCGGCAAAUGCCCGUCUUCUACAUCCCGGCCUACGCGCGCUUCAGCGCCGAUUCCGCGACCUCCUUCACCCAGCUGAACGACUACCUGGCUUCCAACUCGGAACUUUCCGCGGCCUUGUCGGACGAGGCUCACACCGCCGCGGCACGGAAGAGACAAGAAGCACACACGGCGCGCUGGAGCCAGUUCAGGGAGCUGGCCAAGGUCCCCGCCGACCCGGCGAGCACGGCCAUCAAUCCGCACGUGCUGGGCGGGCAGAUCAGGGCGGCGGUGCCCCAGGACACCAUCUUCGCCGUCGAAGCCGUCACGCUGAGCACCUUCAUCGCCGACCAGAUCGCGCCGGUGCAGCCCAAGACGUGGAUCAACUGCGGCGGCGGCGGGCUGGGGUGGUCGGGCGGCGGGGCGCUGGGGAUCAAGCUGGCGUCGGACUUUGCGCACCGCGAGGGCGACCGCUUCGGGGCCAACCGGGGCAAGUUCGUGUGCCAGAUCGUCGGGGACGGCACGUUCAUGUUCUCGGUGCCCGGGUCCGUGUACUGGAUCGCCCAGCGCUACGGCAUCCCCAUCCUGACGGUCGUGCUGAACAACAAGGGCUGGAACGCCCCCCGUCGCUCCAUGCUCCUGGUCCACCCGCACGGCGAGGGCAGCAAGGUCGACAACAAGACCCUCAACAUCAGCUUCGAGCCCACCCCGGACUACGCGGGCAUCGCCAAGGCGGCCACGGGCGGCCACGCCUGGGCCGGCACCGUCAGCACCGUGGCCGAGCUGCUGGACGCGCUGCCCCAGGCCGUCGCGGCCGUCAAGGGAGGCAGGUGUGCCAUCCUCGAGGUCAAGCUUGGGGCCGAGCUGCCCGUGGCGGCGAAGCAGGGCGAUGUCAAGAUGGAGGAAGUCGCCGCGAGCAGUGGGUAGGUACUGGCGGAGGGAAGGACAAAUAAGCGGACACAAGGAGCUCUCUGGGUGUGUGUCAGGUGGGUAUAUCUAGUAGGCAACGAAUGUAUAAAUGUCUGGUGAUCCCGCAUGAGCAAGACAUGUCUGCCGCUCAGGGUGUAGAGGAGCACUGGCAUUGAGAAGAGCCGCCCAUCGCGGCACGCAGAACAUGGCUAUAUGCUGACGUAGUCUAUUAGUACCCGGUAGUGUUUGAACGAACCUAACGCUGUAUGCACUAAAGGGGGUAUUUGCUGCUUGGUUUUUGAAUUCCCAGCCUUCUUUCA